AUGUUUCGACCUACGGCACGGAAAUUAGUUGGACUUCCAUUCUCCCGUCCUAACUGCGGACGUUCGCUGCUUCUGUCUGCGGCUAGUCGUUCGGUAGCAAGCCGAUCGUUCAUUCUGCCUGCGGCUCAUGCUGCUGUAGUUCAAAAGGGACCGCGUCGCAUACGACCGGUGAUGGCCGGUUGGCUACUGUUCACUGCGGGCGUAGUGACUGUAGCUGCCACUGCGGAAACUAUCUACGCCCUUGAAACCAAUGGAACGGGCGAUUUGAUAUGUCAAGCCAUUAUUCAGGGAGACCUUAAACGAUUGAAAAAACUGGCGGAAGAUCCUAAUUUUAGUGCCAACGUGUAUCAUCGGUACGGAUGGACGCCUUUGCAAGUCGCGGUGAUCCAGGAUAACGAACAAAUGGUUAAAUUCUUGCUGGAAAAGGGAGCAGAUCCCAAUUUGGAAGACCAUUACUAUCCACGAUCGCACCAAGCGGCCAACAUGCGUCAAACUGACUUUUCGGAAGAUCUUUUGCCUUACCGUGAUUAUCGAGAAUACACCGCAUUGCACUAUGCGAUGAUCAUUUGCAAUCCAAACAUUGUGAAGCUUCUACUGGAUCAUAUGGCAGAUCCUUUGACGCGCAAUUCGCAUGGACUGACUCCGCGCGAAUACCUUUAUUACGUAGAACGAUUCACCGGCGAACAUAAUAUCGAAAUUGAGAACAUGUUGCGAGCCAAGGAAGCGAGCUAUCCGGCAGAAAAGGCAGCCCAUGAAGAACGCCAAAGAAAGCUGCAGCUGCAAAGAGAAAAGGAGUACCGUAAGAAGCAUCCACUGGAAGAUGCUCUCAAAGCCCGUAUUGUGGGACAGUUGGGCCCCAUUCAUGCCUUGGCGAGUGCCAUCCGCCGUAAACAGAAUGGAUGGCAUGAUGAAGACCACCCACUGGUCUUUUUGUUCUGCGGAUCUUCCGGGGUUGGUAAAACCGAAUUAGCCAAAGCCCUGGCUGCGUACCUGCAUGGAAAUGAGAUGGACAAGGGAUUCAUCCGUAUUGAUAUGAGCGAGUUUCAGCACAAGCAUGAUGUCUCCCGAUUCAUUGGCUCUCCGCCUGGUUACGUCGGAUAUGAUGAAGGAGGUCAAUUGACAGAAAAAUUGAAAGAAUGUCCUAAUGCGGUGGUGCUAUUGGAUGAGGUGGAAAAGGCACAUCCCGACGUAUUAGGAAUUAUGCUGCAAUUAUUUGAUGAGGGACGGAUCACGGACGGCAAAGGUACGACGGUGGAAUGCAAGGAAGCGAUUUUUGUCAUGACGUCCAACUUGGCCCAGCAUGAAAUUGCCGACGAAGCAGAGUUAUUACGUCUUGAAGCGUCGGUGGCUUCGGAUGCUCAAACGACCGGCACGGUGUCUGCCACGGCUGUCAACGGUUUGGAUGUGGCAAAUGCGUCGUCGGACGAUAAUGACGAUGACGGCCAAAUUUCGUUAUCACGACAGUUUAUCGAAAAGAUGAUUUAUCCAAUUUUGUACAAUCAUUUCAAACGCGACGAAUUUCUCGGUCGAAUCAAUGAGGUCCUGUUCUUUUUGCCGUUUAGCGAGGACGAAUUGCGAGAAAUUACGCUGCGAGAAUUGGGUCGGUGGGCUGAAAAGGCAAGAACACGUCAUGGCAUUACCAUGACGUGGGAUGCCGACGUGGUGGAUGUGUUGGCCCAAGGGUACAAUAUUCGGUAUGGCGCACGCAGCAUCAAAUACGAAGUGGAGCGUAAGGUGGUCAAUCUGAUUGCCAAAGCCAACGAAAACGACGAUGUGAUGAAUGGCGGACGCGUGCACGUGGUCAUCGACAGCCGAAAACGCCGUCUCUGUAAAUUAGAAAUACCAGAACGAGGCUCAGACAACACCAAACCUGCCGGCUCAGGUUGGUUUGGCAGCAAGAGAUAA